AUGUUCGAAAUUGGAUCCAUGAUUAUUGAUGCAACAAAAAAGGGAAACUGUUCUCGCUUUAUGAAUCACUCUUGUGAACCGAAUGCAGUUUGCGAAAAAUGGUACGUCCCACGUACACCAUGUGCUAUCGACAGAAUAGGAUUUUUUGCGAAACGCGACAUCGAACUAGGCGAGGAGAUCACUUUUGACUACCAGUUCGAGAAUUAUGGUCGUGAAGCACAGCGCUGUUUUUGUGGCACAGCUUCCUGUACUGGUUGGAUCGGUAAACCCCCUGAGACGUUUGAUGAUGACACGCUAGAAGAGGAAAUCGAGUCCCCUAGUGAUGAAACUGAAGAGAGUGGCGAUGACGAUGUCAAGCUCAAUGAACAAGUUGUUAUUCGACGUAAGAAAACUCAUCGCUAUAGCAGCUACGAUAAUGUCACAGUAGCUGAGAUUCAAAAGAGGCUGGGCAAGGCUCUCGAAACAGGAUGUCGAAACAAAACUCAUGUAUUAGGAUGGAUCAAACUAAUGGCAGAAAUGUCACUUAUAAAAACCGAAAAAGGAGUAGUGCAAUCAAUGUGUCGCAUAGUCGAAGCCAUAAGCUCAGUCGAUACUUCGCUACAACAUAUAUUUGUUGCUAAUGGACUGCCUAGUAUUUUUAAAUCCUGGUUACGGAUGUCAAACUUUCAAUUUUUGACCCGUGAGGAUCUGGAAUUGAAGCACUGCAUCAUUCGCUCUUUGCUUGCAAUGCAGUCUUGCGCUGAGGCAAUCAACGCUCGUGCUCCAGACCUGUUGGCAAUGGUCACCGACCUCGUUAUAAUGGCCACUCCCGAUGUUCUAUCUGUCAGGGAUGUGAUGGAUGACAUGUUAUGUCAGCUUAGUAGUGAUGACCAAUCUGAUGAGAUCAAGCGCUUUAACGAAUCACUCGAGCUGAGAUUUGAACGUGUUAGAAAUGCGGCCAUACGACUUCAAGCAGUGCUUCAACAGCAUGUGAACUACAGAAUACCAAAAAAGAAAGCAAAUAUACUAUCAACAACGUCGAGCGGUGGUCAGUUGUUGGGGGACAAUGACGGAAGGUCAGAUUCCAGAGAUAGUCAAGUCCGGAUCUUCCCCUUCAAGUGUCGGGACCGUCGAUUCGGGAGUGCUGGUUCUAUGUUCCAUCGACUCAGUGUGGGAGGAGGGAAUGGCAGACCUCGCCUUCGAGUGUCUCGGUGGAGUGCUGACUAUCGACCAAUGAAAAGAAUUCGUAGUGCGUCCAGAGAGGGCAAUGAAGAAUGUGUGAUUCGGUGCAGAAUUGGACCGACAAUGACACAAACGACGAUUGAGGCAGGACGUCCACCUUCCAUGAAACGAAACUGUCCAUCCAUCAAUGACCCUCCUAUAAUCGUCACCACAGUAAUGCCCAAUUGGCGCCCGCCUGUGGCUACAAAUAUACCUCCACCACCGCCUCCGAAUAUACUCUCACCGGCUCCAAUAGUGGUUCCACCGCCAGUUCCUCCACCACCACCACCUCCGGCUAUUCCUCAAGUUUAUCCUCAAACCGUUCCUUACUACGACUACGGGUCAUAUGCAAGUCUUUCUGUGCCUGCCUUGUCAAGCUACCAAACUUCAUACGACUAUUCCCAGCUUCAGCCUGAUGAGUUUGACUCCGAAGAGUACCGGAAGUACUAUCAGAGUUGUGACAUACCGAUGCUGCAAUCUCGUCUGCAAAGCCUUGUGAAGGAAAUGUCGAUCUUGCAGUCGGUGUUGGACCAAAAGACGUCGGAGAAUACCAUCCAGAAGGAAGUGCAGUCUCCGGUUGUUCCGCCCACACCACUUCCGCCCACUCCCAAAACUCCCCCGCCACCGCCUCACAAGGAGUACAUGUGGAGGAAAGCAGUGGACGAGGAUGGAGCCAAGUAUUACUAUCAUAAGGAAACACGUGAAUCAGUGUGGGAACUUCCUGAUGGAGAAGAGAGUGAUCCAGGUGAACGUACUCCUACUCGCAUGCCCGACACAUCGGGAUGUGGAAAUGAUCCCGAGUCUGACAAUAUAGAGACGAGCAAGCAACAUGACGGUCUUCUGUCGCGUUGGUCAGCAAUAUGCUCACCCCAUGUGUCUACUUCUAACAGUGCACAAUCGUCGACACCCGUGUUACCGGCCCAAGCCAUCAGUAAUGGGGUUACAAAGACCACAGAGAAGAAACGCGAUCGCGAUCGUCGUGUUUGGGAGAAAUUCGGGAAUGACGCUGACCGAAAACGUGCUAAGAAACUAAUGUGUGAAAUUGAGAAAGUGGUCGGGCCGAUUAUAGUGCGUCAUAUUGGGCAUAGAGAAGAUGCUACUAAAAAGAGGAAGGAAUGGAUCAUCAAACAGGUUAGCAAAGAGAUGCUGAAGAGGGAGUCCGAACGGGUCGAUUUCAAUUUUACACUCACAGAGAAAGGCGCGAAGCGGGUAACUGACUAUGCCGAUGCAUUUAUACAACGCAAAUGUGCCAAAGAACCAAAGGAUCUUUGGAAAGGUUACGAUGGUUCACCAUAG